UCUUUAAAUAUCUAAAUAAUGUGGGCCAACUGUGGCACGUUGUUGUUCCGUUAAUUCAGACGUGUCCUUUCUUCCUUUCACAAAGAAAAAUAAAUUCAUCUCUGGAUACUUCACUUGCACCGAAACCCUUUCUCCCCCAAAUUUCUCUCUUAUUUUCCACAUAUACUCGCCAAUAUGUUCAAUAAUAAUAAUCAAAACUUAUAUAUACAAUCAUCAUAAAUAAAAUAAAUACUAGUAUUAAAUAUGUUAGAGGAUCAAGUAGCGUAUUUGUUACAGAGGUAUCUCGGCAACUAUGUCCGAGGCCUCAGUAAAGAAGCUCUCAAAAUCAGCGUCUGGCAAGGUAACGUAGAGCUAACAAAUAUGCAGCUGAAGCCGGAGGCCCUCAAUGCGUUGAAGUUGCCUGUGAAGGUUAAGGCAGGGUUUCUUGGAUCCGUGAAGCUCAAGGUUCCUUGGAGCAGGAUUGGUCAAGAACCCGUUUUGGUUUACCUGGAUCGUAUAUAUUUGUUAGCUGAACCUGAGACACAAGUUGAAGGUUACAGUGAGGAUGCAGUUCAAAAAACUAAGAAGUCACGAAUACAUGACAUGGAAAUGAAGAUGCUGGAGAGUAGGCAGAUACUGACCACAGAAAUGAAUAAGUCAUGGCUGGGGUCCUUCAUCAACACAAUAAUUGGAAAUUUAAAGCUAUCAAUCUCAAGUAUUCAUAUCAGAUAUGAAGACCUUGAAAGCAAUCCUGGUCACCCAUUUGCAGCUGGCGUGACCUUGGAGAAACUCUCAGCUUCGACGGUUGAUGAUAGUGGGAAGGAGGCUUUUGUUACAGGUGGUGCAUUAGAGCUCCUGCAGAAGUCUGUAGAACUGGAAAAGCUGGCUGUUUAUUUGGAUUCUGAUAUUAGUCCAUGGCAUGUUACAAAACCAUGGGAGGAUUUGCAUCCUACGGAAUGGGAUCAGGUCUUCAGUUUUGGCACAAAGGAUGGAAAGCCAGCCAGUGCUCUUGUUCAGAAGCACACAUACAUUCUGCAACCUGUAACUGGAAACGCGAAGUAUUUGAAACAACGUUCAAAUACAUCUGAUCGAGAUCAACCUUUACAGAAAGCAACAGUGAGCUUGGAUGAUGUUACAAUUUCCUUGUCAAAGACUGGUUAUAGAGAUGUUCUGAAGUUGGCUGAUAACUUUUCUGCCUUUAAUCAACGAUUAAAAUAUGCACAUUUCCGCCCCCUUGUCCCAGUGAAAUCUGAUCCAAGAUCAUGGUGGAAGUACUCGUACAGAGUUGUUUCAGAUCAGAUGAAGAAGGCAAGCGGGAAAAUGUCUUGGGAGCAGGUCCUGAAGUAUGCAACUUUGCGUAAAAGAUACAUAUCUUUGUAUGCUUCGCUCUUAAAAUCUGACCCGGCUCGAGAAAUCAUCGAUGAUGAUAAAGACAUAGAGGAACUUGACCGUGAACUUGAUAUUGAACUCAUAGUUCAAUGGAGGAUGUUGGCACACAAAUUCUUGGAGAAGUCUGUGCAGUCUGAUAUUUACUUGAAGAAGCAGAAUACCAAGAAAUCAUGGUGGUCAUUGGGAUGGAACAAUGGAUCUGUUGAAGAUAAAAAUCAACCUGGCCAGUUCACUGAUGAGGAUUGGAAACAGUUAAAUGAAAUCAUUGGAUACAAGGAAGGUGAUAACAGUGAACAGUUACUGAAUCAAGAUGACCGGGGCGAUGUUCUACAUACAUUACUAGAGGUUCACAUGAAACAUAAUGCUUCAAGACUGACUGAAGCUCAUGAGUUUAUUGCUGAAUUAUCAUGUGAGAAUCUUGAUUGUUUGAUGAAGUUCUACAAAGAUGCAAAAGUUUUCGACAUGAAAUUGGGAUCUUAUCGGUUGUCAUCACCUGAUGGUCUUCUUGCAGAGAGUGCCACAUCCUAUGAUUCAUUAGUUGGGGUCUUCCGCUAUAAACCUUUCGAUGCUAAAGUGGACUGGAGUAUGGUUGCUAAGGCUUCUCCUUGUUAUGUGACAUAUCUGAAGAACUCCGUCGAUCAAAUUGUUAACUUUUUUGAAAGUAAUGCUGUUGUGAGCCAAAAGAUAGCGUUGGAAACAGCCGCAGCCAUGCAGCUUACAAUUGAUGAGGUUAAGCGUUCAGCACAACAGCAAGUAAACAAGGCCUUGAAGGAUCAUGCCAGAUUCAUCUUGGACUUGGAUAUAGCUGCCCCCAAGAUCACUAUUCCAACUGAUUUUUUCCCUGACAAUCGUCAUUCUACCAAACUUUUGCUUGACCUCGGAAACUUGAUAAUUCGUACUCAGGAUGAAGAUGAUAUUUCUCAAGAUAUUUAUCUCCAGUUUGAUAUGGUAUUGAGUGAUGUAUCUGCCUUUUUUGUUGAUGGUGAUUAUCACUGGAGUCAACGUUCCCUGAAAGGAUCCGGCCGUUCUUCACAAUCUAGUAUCGUUAGUUAUUUGCCUGUUAUUGAUAAGUGUGGCGUGACUCUAAAGCUUCAACAGAUCCGAUCAGAUGACCCCUCUUUCCCUACAACAAGACUGGCCGUGCGGCUUCCUUUUCUCGGGUUUCAUUUUUCUCCGGCGCGUUAUCAUCGACUUAUGCAAAUCGCAAAGAUUUUUCAGGGUGAAGAUGACGAUACUGAAAAUUUUGUUCGCCCUUGGGAUCUAGCUGACUUGGAGGGGUGGUUAUCUGUUCUUAGUUGGAAGGGUGUGGGAAAUAGGGAAGCUGUUUGGCAAAGGAGAUAUUUUUGUUUGGUAGGGCCUUUCCUCUAUAUUCUUGAAGCGCCAGGUGCUAGGUCAUACAAGCAAACUUUCAGCUUACUUGGAAAACUAGUAUAUGCCAUACCACCUGAAAUAAUUGGCGACGUAGAAAACGUGCUGGCUAUCUGUCGUCCAGAACGAUCCACCAGCAAGGUUGUGGAGGAUUCAAAUGCUCUGAUAUUACGAUGUGAAUCAGAAGAAUCAAGGACAAACUGGAAACGCUUGUUGCAGGGAGCUAUAUACCGAGCAUCGGGUUCUGCUCCGAUCACUGGUCUAUCAGAAACUUCAUCGGAGUCUGAAGAUUCAGAAGUUGAAGGGGUCCAGAAGCUUGAUACGAAGGAUGUUUCGAAGGCAGAGAAACUUUUUGUAACUGGUGUUUUAGAUGAGCUGAAAGUGUGCUUUAAUUAUAGCACUCAGAGCGACAAGAGUUUUUUGAAGGUACUUCUGGCUGAGGAGAUUCGCUUGUUUGAAUUGCGCGCUAUAGGUGGUCGGGUUGAGCUUGCAAUUAGGGCCAAUGACAUGUUAAUUGGAACUGUUCUGAAAGUUUUGGAGGUAGAAGAUCUAGUAUCAUGCAAGGGGGCACUUCAACCUUGUUACUUGGCACGUUCAUUUAUUCGCCAGGCGGAUGCUCCUUCGGUGUUUCAAACUAUUGAAGAUCAGAGUUGUGGUGGCAGUGAUAAAAAUCAAAGCGAAGCAGAUGAUAGGUUUUACGAGGCAUCAGAUAGCCUGAAUGAUCCGGUUGAUAGUCCAACACACGAAUUCGAGCACACGAGUUCAGGGAGAGUUAUCUUGAAGACCCCAAGUUUUAGCCGGAUUGCUGGUUUGUUACCUGAUGAUGUUAGUCAAACAGGGGAUAAGAACUUGGAAGCUACCGACACGUUAGAUAGUUUUGUAAAAGCUCAAAUAGUCUUCAUUGAUUCAAACUCUGUAUUCUAUGAUAACAUUGAUAAACGUGUGACGGUUACUCUUGCAACAUUGUCGUUUUAUUGUAGAAGGCCUAUUAUUGUUGCAAUUAUGGAAUUUGUUGGCGCUAUCAAUGCCGAGGAUGAAAAUUGUGAAUCUUUCAGUGACCAUUCUUCAUCAGCCAAUGUUAAUGACAGCUCUAGGGAGAUUGAUGUUGUUAAUCAUUCAUCUGCUGUUGAUGAAUCCAAAGUCAGAGGUCUACUGGGCAAGGGAAGGUCCAGAAUUGUAUUCCUUUUGACAUUGAAUAUGGCUCGUGCUCAAAUCCUAUUGAUGAAAGAAGAUGGGACCAAGCUUGCGACUAUGUCUCAAGAUAAUUUCUUAACUGACAUAAAGGUCUUCCCAUCUUCUUUUAGCAUCAAGGCAUCCCUUGGAAACCUGAAAAUAAGUGAUGACAGUCUUCACAGUAGCCAUAUGUAUUUCUGGGCUUGUGAUAUGAGAAACCCCGGUGGUAGUUCCUUUGUGGAGUUGGUUUUCAGUUCGUUUAGUGCUGAUGAUGAGGACUAUGCUGGGUUUGAUUAUAGCCUUUUAGGACAGCUUUCUGAAGUACGAUUGAUAUACUUGAAUCGAUUUAUUCAGGAGGUUAUCAGUUACUUCAUGGGCCUUGUUCCUAGCAACUCGGUUGAUGUUGUAAAAGUGAAAGAUCAUGCAACAGAUUCAGAGAAGUGGGUCAAGACCAGUGAAAUUGAAGGCUCACCUGCUGUGAAGUUGGACCUUUCAUUGAGGAAGCCUAUAAUUCUAAUGCCUCGUAGGACAGACAGCCUCGACUACUUGAAGCUAGAUAUCGUUCAUAUAACUGUCCAGAACACAUUUCAAUGGUUUGGGGGAACUAAAAAAGAGAUAAACGCUGUUCAUUUGGAUAUAAUGACAAUUAAGGUCGAGGACAUAAACUUAAAUGUUGGCAUGGGAACAGAAUUGGGUGAAAGUAUAAUUCAUGAGGUGAAGGGCGUUUGCAUUGAUAUUAGAAGGUCGCUACGUGAUUUGUUGCAUCAAGUUCCAAAUACGGAAGUCACUGUCAAGAUUGAUGAACUGAAAGCUGCUCUCUCCAAUAAAGAGUAUCAUAUCAUAUCAGAAUGUGCAUUGUCCAACUUCUCAGAGACUCCAAAUGCCAUUCCCCCUUUAGACAAUAAUGCUGUUUCAACUUCUGCUGAUGCGAUAGAUACUUUAGUAGGUCAGGGUUUGGAAGGUCAUGAAUACGAAGCUCAGAGUGAACAAGUUUGGAUUUCAAUGAAGGUGUCUGUUAUUGUUGGUCUAGUUGAAAUGUCCCUUCAUUAUGGCAUGGCCAGGGAUGCAUCUCUUGCGACUCUGCAGGUCAGUGGUCUAUGGAUACUUUACAAAGCUAAUACAGUGGGAGAUGGUCUUCUCUCAUCAACCCUGAAGGGUUUCACUGUAAAUGAUGACCGUGAGGGGACAGAAGAAGAGCUCCGGCUUGCCGUGAGGCAACCCAAAAGUGUUAGGUACAAUCCAGAGUAUGAAAUUAUUAAUGAGGAGAACGAAGUGGUCAAGGCAGAUGUGAAAUAUGAUGAGAUAUUAGGAGUUCCGACUAUGCUAAUUCUUGAUGCUAAAUUCAGUCAGUACAUGACAUCCUUAUCUUUAUGUAUCCAGAGGCCACAGUUGCUUGUUGCACUCGACUUCCUGAUGGCAGUCGCUGAGUUUUUUGUACCUACAGUACGUGACAUGCUGUCAAAUGACGAGGAUGAAAAAUCAUCAUAUGUUGUUGAUGCACUUGUUCUAGACCAACCAACUUUUAGUCAAACAGAUGAGGUGUUAACACUCUCUCCUCAGAGACCUUUGGUGGUUGAUGAUGAGGAUUUUGACCAUUAUACUUAUGAUGGUAGAGGUGGAACCUUGCUUUUACAAGACAGAGAGGGGCAUAUGAUAACUUCUACGAGCAUAGAAACUACAAUUUACAUUGGCAGUGGAAAACGUUUGCAGUUCAUAAAUGUCACUAUCAUGAAUGGACAAUAUUUGGAUUUAUGUGUUUCACUGGGGUCCAACAGCAGUUACUCAGCUUUGAAAGAUGAUCUAGUUUUUUUAAAGGAGAGGGAGGAAAGUGCCUCACCAAAUGCUCAAAGUAAAACUAGUAAGAGUAUGCCUUCCCAAAGCAAUAAAGCGAGCAGACUGACAGAAACAUCCAUCGAGUUGCAGGUUAUAAGCCCCGAGCUUACCUUCUAUAACUCAUCAAAAUAUGCAGGAGAGAGUCCUCUCUUCUCUAACAAGUUUUUGCAUGCAAGAUUGGAUGCCUUCUGCAGGCUUGUGCUGAAGGGGGAUACUGUAGAAAUGAGUGCAAAUGCUCUUGGUCUAACAAUGGAGAGCAAUGGGAUCAGAAUUCUGGAGCCUUUUGAUACUUCUGUCAAGUUCUCAAAUGCUUCUGGGAAGACAAAUAUUCAUGUUGCAAUUUCAAAUAUAUUCAUGAAUUUUUCAUUCAGCGCAUUACGAUUAUUCAUAGCAGUCGAGGAGGAUGUAUUGAAGUUUCUGAGAAUGACAUCCCGAAAAAUGACGCUUGCCUGCUCUGAGUUUGACAAGCUUGGUACAUUUGAAAAUGCGCUUAACAACCAAACAUACGCAUUCUGGAGACCUCAUGCACCGCCUGGUUUUGCUAUUCUUGGCGACUAUCUGACAGCAAUUGACAAGCCUCCGACAAAGGGAGUUCUUGCUGUGAAUACUCGCUAUGUAAAAAUCAAGAAACCUGAAGCCUUCAAGCUAGUUUGGCCUCCUUCUGAUUCUCAAGGUGUCAUCCCCCUCGAACUUGUACCAAGCAUUGUCCCUGAAAACGGGGAACGUAGUUGUUCCAUUUGGUUUCCCGUGGCACCAAAAGGAUAUGUUGCCUUAGGUUGUGUAGUUUCUCCUGGAAAGACACAACCUUCCCUCUCCUCUGUCUUUUGCCUACACGCUUCUUUGCUAUCACCAUGUGCACUAAGGGACUGUAUCACAAUCAGCCCUAGUGAGAAAAGUUUAUCUGGAUUAGCAUUUUGGCGCGUGGAUAAUUCUCUUGGUACUUAUCUUCCAGCAGAUCCUGUUACUUUGAGUGUGAUCGGUAGAGCCUAUGAGUUGCGCCAUUUACUUUUUGGCUUCCAAGGAGCAUCUUCAAAAUCAAUGAAAAGUCCAGAGACUCAUGCACUUGAUUCCGAUCGUGAUAUUAUUCAACCAGAGCGGUCAUCAACUGCAAAUUCUGUUAGGCGUUUUCAGGCUGUUGCUAGUUUUCGUUUGAUAUGGUGGAAUCAAGGUUCAAAAUCUAGAAAGAAACUAUCCAUAUGGCGCCCGAUAACUCCUCACGGAAUGGUGUAUUUUGGUGAUAUUGCUGUUAGAGGUUACGAGCCUCCGAACGCAUGCAUAGUUCUGCCUGAUGAUGAUGAGCCAUUUAAAGCUCCUAUUGGUUUUCAAGUUGUGGGGCAAAUAAAGAAACAUAGAGGAACUGAAAGUAUAGCUUUUUGGUUGCCUCAGGCUCCCCCUGGCUAUGUAUCUUUGGGUUGUGUAGCCUUUAAGGGCACACCAAAACAAUCUGAUUUUAAUUCGUUGAGAUGCAUGCGAAGUGAUAUGGUCACUGGUGAUGAUUUUUUGGAGGAGAGUAUCUGGGAUACCUCUGAUGCACGGUUCGCCAGAGAAUCAUUUAGUAUAUGGGGAGUUGGUAAUGAGCUUGGAACUUUCAUGGUACGCAGUGGGUUCAAGAAACCUCCCAGAAGGUUUGCUCUAAAGCUUGUUGAUUCUGAGACACCAAGUGGUUCAGACGACACAGUUUUUGAUGCAGAAAUUGGAACGUUUUCUGCUGCACUUUUUGAUGACUACGGUGGCAUGAUGACACCGUUGUGCAAUGUGUCCUUCAGUAGUAUAGGAUUUAGCCUACAUAGAAGGCCUGAUUACUUGAACUCCACUGUAAGCUUCUCAUUGGCUGCCAGAUCAUAUAAUGAUAAACUUGAAGCUUGGGAGCCACUCGUAGAACCUGUUGAUGCAGUCUUAAGGUAUCAAUAUGAUGUCAAUUCUCCAAGUGCUGCAUCUCAAUUGCGACUGACAUCUACAAGGGACCUUAACCUGAAUAUGACAGUAUCUAAUGCUAAUAUGCUUAUUCAAGCUUAUGCAAGCUGGAAUAAUCUUAGCCAAGUUCACGAACCUUCUAGUGUCAGGGAGGCAAUCUCUCCAUCUGGCGGAACACCUAUCAUUGAUGUACAUCACAGGAAAAAUUAUUUUGUAAUCCCUCAAAAUAAACUUGGUCAGGAUAUCUAUGUCAGAGCUACUGAAAUGAGGGGACUUCCGCAUGUAAUAAAGAUGCCAUCUGGAGAAAAGAAGCCUUUAAAAGUACCAGUAUUGAAGAACAUGUUGGAUUCUCACAUGAAAGGAAAUCUGUACAAGAAACUCCGAUCAAUGGUGACAGUCAUCAUUUCGCAGGCACAGUUUCCUAAGGUAGAAGGACUGGGUUCUCAUCAGUAUGGCAUUGCUGUCUGUCUAACUCCUGGUCAAAGCUUGUCCAAUGGCAUGCUUCUUGGUCGCCAAAGUGCACGAACAAGUGGUGCCAGCUCUGUUAGUGAUGAAUCCUCUAAUCUUGAGUUGGUUAUGUGGGAUGAGAUUUUCUUCUUCAAAGCAGAUCAACUGGAUGACUAUAUGCUGGAGAUUGUAGCAACUGAUAUGGGGAAAGGUGUCCCUGUUGGAUACUUUUCUUCUUCUUUGAGGGAGCUUCAAGGAACCCUAGAUGACUCUGCAGAAAAUUUAUUAAAGUGGCUUGAUUUGUCACCGGCUGACUCCUCUAGAACAUCUCAAGCAGACGUGUCCAAAUCCACAUGUGGACGAAUAAAGUGUGCCGUGCUUCUUUCAUCAAGAUCAGGAGGAUCAAACACGAAGAAAGGCUUAAUUGGGGACCGGACUUCUGGUUCCUUACAAAUUAGUCCUACCAGGGAAGGCCCCUGGACCACAGUGAGGCUAAAUUAUGUUGCACAUGCUUCCUGCUGGCCACUAGGCAAUGCUGUUGUUGCAAGUGAAGUCAUUGUGGAGGAUGGCAAUAGAUAUGUAAAUAUCAGGUCGUUGGUUUCAGUUUCUAAUAACACUGAUUUAGUACUUGAAUUGUGUUUCCAGCUUGAUGCUUCUAAUGAAAAUAUGAAUACCUUAGACGAUGUUGGAAAGGAGUCCCCAACAAAUGGUAUUAAGACUGAUGAUGGACAGAAACAGAUAUUUAUUGGAGAACUGAAACCUGGAGAAUGUCUUCCACUCCCACUUUUUGGACUUGUCCAUUCUGGAUUAUAUGUUCUGCACUUAAGGCCUUCUGCUCUAAAUGACCACAAGGAAUAUGCAUGGAGCUCUGCCAUGGAUAAGCAUGUGUUGUCAGAAGAUGCUAGUAGACCUAGAGAAACUUCUGGUAUACAUGUCUCGAGUCUAAAUGAAUCAGAGGAGCUUCAUUUCUGCUCUGAGAUGAGUGGAACAUCAUCAAAUAGGUCGUGUGGAAUGUGGUUCUGUUUGGCAAUUCAAGCAUCUGAAAUCUCUAAGGACAUUUGCUCUGACCCUAUUCAGGAUUGGAAUAUUGUGGUGAAAUCCCCUCUGUCCAUCACCAAUUAUCUUCCUCUGGCAGCGGAGUUUUCUGUUCUUGAGAUGCAGACCAAUGGUCAUUUGGUUGCAUGCUCUAGAGGUAUAUUUACCCCAGGAGAAACUGUGAAGGUCCUGAAUGCUGAUAUCAGAAACCCGUUAUACUUUUCAUUGCUACCACAGCAUGGGUGGCUGCCAAUACAAGAGGCUGUGCUUAUAUCUCAUCCUUCUCUUGGUCCAGCAAAAACAUUAGGUCUAAGAAGUUCAGUUUCUGGGAGGGUUGUUCACAUAAUUCUUGAACAGAACUUUGAAACUGAAAGGCCUCUGUCACCCAAGAAUCUGCGGGUUUAUUCUCCAUAUUGGUUGACAAUUGCUAGAUGUCCACCACUUACAUUUAGGCUUGUAGAUAUGUCCUUCAAAAAAACAAAAACAAAAGUUUCCUUCCCUUUUAAGUCAAAAAAGACAAAUGAAGUGAUCUUAGAGGAGAUUACUGAUGAAGAAUUUCAUGGAGGCUAUACUAUUGCUUCAGCUCUGAAUUUCAAAAUGUUGGGAAUGUCUGCUGCUAUUAGUGACAAUGGUUCUGAUCAUUACGGAGAUGUUAAAGAUCUUUCUGCACUUGGUGACAUGGAUGGUUCGUUGGGCAUCUCUGCUUAUGAUGCCGACAAAAACUGCAUGCUUCUCUUUGUAUCUUCUAAACCAACUUCCUAUCAAUCUGUUCCAACAAAGGUAAUCAGCGUGCGUCCAUAUAUGACAUUUACCAAUAGACUUGGUCAAGAUAUAUAUCUUAAGCUAAGCAGUGAAGAUCAGCCAAAGUUGUUGCGGUCAACUGAUGUGCGGGUCUCCUUUGUUUAUCGUGAGACUGACCAGCCUAGUAAACUGCAGAUCCGAGUUGAAGGCACAGAAUGGUCAUUUCCAGUUCAAAUUGAGAAGGAAGACACCAUAUUUCUUAUAUUAAAGAAGGAAGAUGGUACUCGGGAGAUCUUGAGGAUCGAAAUUCGAGGCUAUGAAGAGGGCUCACGUUUCAUUGUUGUGUUUCGGCGUGGACCAAAAGAUGGCCCCAUCAGGAUUGAAAACAGGACAACCAGCAAAGUAGUUAGAUUUCGCCAGUCUGGUUUCGAUGAUGAUUCUUGGAUCCAAUUAGAUCCACGUGCAAGCACCAAGUUCUCAUGGGUUGACCCAUAUGGUGAGAAGUUUAUAGAUACUGAGGUUCACAGCAAUGAUCAGGUUUUGGCAUGUAAACUAGAUAUGAAUAAGUCAGGAGUUUGUUUAGAAUGUGGAGAGGGAACUGGAUUACUCUUUCAUGUUGUAGAAAUGGGCAAUAUCAAGGUUGCUAGGUUUGUGGAUGACAUAUCAACUGGGUCGCGUUCAGAUGCACUGGGCAGAUCUUUGGCGUCUUUUGAUAAUUGGAAGAGUGCCAACAUGCAAACCACAGAACAAGAGAAGGCAUCUCCUUUGGAGCUCAUAGUUGAAUUGGGAGUCGUUGGAGUUUCUCUUGUGGACCAUAGACCAAAAGAGCUAUGCUAUCUUUACCUUGAAAGGGUUUUUGUAUCUUACUCAACUGGUUAUGAUAGUGGUACAACAAGCAGGUUUAAGCUGAUUCUAGGUCAUUUACAGCUUGACAACCAACUUCCUUUAACAUUGAUGCCUGUACUUCUGGCACCCGAGGAAGCCUCAGAUACGAAUCACCCGGUUUUUAAAAUGACAAUCACAAUAAGCAAUGAUAAUCCUGAUGGUAUCCUGGUCUACCCAUACGUGUAUAUACGGGUAACUGACAUAAAUUGGAGGUUGAACAUUCACGAACCAAUAAUCUGGGCUUCGGUAGAGUUCUAUAGGAAUCUUCAACUUGAUCGCAUCCCCCAAAAUUCAAGUGUGGCACAAGUUGAUCCAGAGAUACGUGUGAAUUUGAUAGAUGUUUCGGAAGUUCGACUGAAAUUAUCCUUGGAGACUGCACCAGCUCAAAGACCUCAUGGUGUUCUCGGUGUAUGGAGUCCCAUACUGUCUGCAGUUGGGAAUGCUUUUAAACUUCAGAUCCACCUGAGGAAAGUAAUGCACAAAGAUAGAUAUAUGAGAAAAAGCUCAGUUGUUCCUGCCAUUAGUAACCGCAUCUGGAGAGAUCUUAUCCAUAAUCCUUUGCAUUUAAUAUUUUCUGUGGAUGUUCUGGGUAUGACAAGCUCGACAUUGGCUUCUUUAAGUAAAGGAUUUGCGGAGUUAUCGACUGAUGGACAGUUUCUGCAACUGCGAUCAAAACAGGUAUGGUCAAGAAGGAUAACUGGUGUAGGGGAUGGAUUUUUACAAGGGACGGAGGCUCUUGCACAAGGUGUUGCGUUUGGAGUGUCUGGUGUAGUCAGGAAACCUGUAGAAAGUGCUAGAGAGAAUGGGCUUCUCGGGCUUGCUCAUGGGCUAGGGAGGGCUUGUCUGGGAUUCGUGGUACAACCAGUGAGUGGCGCACUGGAUUUUUUUUCAUUGACCGUCGAUGGACUUGGUGCAAGUUUUUCUAGGUGCUUAGAGGUCAUAAACAACAAGAGCAUCAUACAUAGGACUAGAAAUCCACGGGCUAUUCGUGCAGACAAUGUCCUUAGAGAGUAUUCUGAGACAGAAGCUUUAGGGCAGAUGAUACUUUACCUUGCUGAAGCUAGCCGUCGUUUUGGAUGCACCGAUAUAUUCAAGGAGCCUUCAAAAUAUGCAUGGUCUGAUCUUUAUGAAGAUCAUUUCAUUGUUCCUUAUCACAGAAUCGUUUUGGUAACUAGCAAACGAGUGAUGUUGCUUCAGUGUCUAUCUCCUGAGAAGAUGGAUAAAAGACCAUGUAAAAUCAUGUGGGACGUGCCAUGGGAAGAUCUCAUGGCACUGGAGCUGGCAAAAGCUGGUAAUCCAAAACCUUCUCAUUUAAUCCUUCAUCUCAUAAAGUUCAAAAGAGCAGAGAGCUUUGUCCGUGUCAUCAAGUGUAGUACAGAAGAAGAAUCCGAGGGAAGAGAUCCCCAAGCGGUUAGGAUAUGCAUGGCGGUGCGUAAGAUGUGGAAAGCCUAUCGAUCUAGCCUCAAAAGCCUGGUAUUGAAGGUCCCUUCAAGCCGGAAACAUGUGUCUAUCGCUUGGAACGAAACUGAUUGGAGAGACUCUCGUAGCCAUAGCAAAUCCAUUUUAAGGUCGGGAGACUUCUUUUCUCCCGGGUCAAUUUCUGACACGGGGAGUUUUUUUAAACACAUUAUCAACUUUACAAAUGUAUGGACCAGUGAACAGGAAUCGAGAGGGCGCCACACGUUGUCAAAAAAGAAUGUUGUAGAAGAUAGCGUGAUAUGCAGCAUCUGGCGCCCAAUCUGCCCAGACGGGUAUGUCUCAGUUGGUGAUAUAGCUCAUAUCGGGAUCCAUCCUCCAAUUACUGCUGCAGUAUAUCAGAACAAAGAAAGGCUGUUUGCACUUCCAUUGGGCUAUGAUUUGGUUUGGAGAAACUGUGCUGAUGAUUACACUACUCCAGUUUCAAUUUGGAGACCACGUCCUCCAGAAGGCUAUGUUUCUGCUGGUUGUGUUGCUAUGCCCAGUUUUACGGAGCCAGAACUCGACCUUGCCUACUGCAUAGCGGAAUCAAUUGCUGAGGAAACUACAUUUGAAGAACAGCAGAUUUGGUCUGCACCUGAUUCCUAUCCCUGGACAUGUUGCAUUUAUCAAGUGUGUAGUCCAUCUCUUCAUUUUGUAGCCUUGCGCCAGCCUAGGGAAGAUGCAGCUUGGAAGCCUAUGAGAGUUAUUGAUGGCUCCUCUCGUCCAUCAGUAUCAUUGUUGUCAGAAGCUUCAUCAUCAGCCUCGGUUCAUUGAUGUCCAUCUCACUGUUGCAUUUAUCAAGUGUGUAGUCCAUCUCUUCAUUUUGUAGCCUUGCGCCAGCCUAGGGAAGAUGCAGCUUGGACGCCUAUGAGAGUUAUUGAUGGCUCCUCUCGUCCAUCAGUAUCAUUGUUGUCAGAAGCUUCAUCAUCAGCCUCGGUUCAUUGAUGUCCAUCUCACUGUUGCAUUUAUCAAGUGUGUAGUCCAUCUCUUCAUUUUGUAGCCUUGCGCCAGCCUAGGGAAGAUGCAGCUUGGACGCCUAUGAGAGUUAUUGAUGGCUCCUCUCGUCCAUCAGUAUCAUUGUUGUCAGAAGCUUCAUCAUCAGCCUCGGUUCAUUGAUGUCCAUCUCACUGUUUUUGUCUAUAAGAUCACCGCUUCAUACUGUAUAGUGUGUACAAAAACUUGUCCUCAUUUUUGCUGUUUUUGACAUUAGUCUUGCUCUUACUGGUACAUGAGUUAUGCAAGUGGUCUAUCGGAAUUCAAUUUUGGGCAGAGCGUAAUACGGAUGAUAUGUGCAAACGUGUAAUAUAAUUUUGGUAUAUUUACAGGGUUAUAUUACUGGUAGAUAUGGGAAGAUAUUUCUGGUA